AAAGUUAAAUAAAUCAUUCAAAUGAACAGUAAACAUUACACUCACAGAAGUUCCAAAAUAAUGAAGGCAUUUUAAAUGUCAUAUUAUUUCUAUAUGCAGUGUUGUAGUGAUGUGAAAAUAUGGGUUGUAUUUACAAUUAUGUUUGUUCUUCACUGGUUGUCCUAAUAUUGCUGCUGUGAUGGCACACUGUGGUAUUUCACCCAGUAGAUAUAUGGGAGUUUAUCAAAAUUGGGUUUGUUUUCAAGUUCUUUGUGGAUCUGUGUAAUCUGAGGGAAAUAAUUGAUGUGUCGCUAAUAUGGUCAUACAUUUGGCAGGAGGUUAGGAAGUGCAGCUCAGUUUCCACCUCAUUUUGUGUGCAGUGUUCUAUUAGGUUCUAUUAGGUUCUAAGUUUUCAGAGUAAAUAACUCACGGACUCUAGAGAAGCUUAACCAAGUUGAAUUCUUCACAAAGGGUCGAUACAGCUGUAAUUCAGACAAAUAUAUUUAGACAAAUACUUUUCCACCACCACAAGUAUAUGUUCUCCACUUCAGGCACUCCUCCUUCUCUCCAGUCCUUACAUCUUAUGGUUCCACAGGAGGAGGGUAACAGGAUAAUAACCCAUAAUUUCUCCCUUCAGGGGAUCUGACUGACAACCCCUCCUUCGCCUAAUCCACAGAUGUCCAUCCGCUUCCCCUAUAGCAAUCCUGUGACUUCCUCCCAUCCACCCAACACAUUCCAAAGCCAUCUGUCUUCUACAGAGAACCAUUAACUUCUGAUGUAAAAACCAGUCUCUUACACUCCUUUAAAUACCAUGCUUCUGCGUCUGAUCUUUCAUAUCUCUAGUAUAUCAAUGUUCAAAGUUUACCCCGAAUCCAACAGUUCACAUAGCCUGUCUUCUCUUGAGAGCCAGGUCUAUGCUCACUGAGUCUGUACAUAGUCAACGCUUUCCUUAAGUUUGGGUCAGUCACAGUGGUCAGGUAUUCUACUGCCGUGUACUCUCUGUUUAGGGCCAAAUAGCAUUCUAGUUUGCUCAAAUUUUUUGUAUUAAUUAUUUUGAAUGUGUCAAAUAAUUGUUUUUUUGUCUUCUCAUGAUUUGUUUGGGUAUAAUUGUGUUGCUGUCCUGGGGCUAUGUGAGGUCUGUUUGUGUUUGUGAACAGAGCCCCAGGACCAGCUUGCUUAGGGGACUCUUCUCCAGGUUCAUCUCUCUGUAAGUGAUGGCUUUGUUAUGGAAGGUUUGGGAAUCGCUUCCUUUUAGGUGGUUGUAGAAUUUAACGUCUCUUUUCUGGAUUUUGAAAAUUAGCGGGUAUCGGGCUAAUUCUGCUCUGCAUGCAUUAUUUGGUGUUUUACGUUGUACACGGAGGAUAUUUUUUUGCAGAAUACUGCAUGCAGAGUCUCAAUUUGGUGUUUGUCCCCUUUAGUGAAUUAUUGGUUGGUAAACUGACCCCAGAUCUCACAACUAUAAAAGGCAAUGGGUUCUAUAACUGAUUCAAGUAUUUUUAGCCAGAUCCUAAUUGGUAUGUGGAAUUUUAUGUUCCUUUUGAUGGCAUAGAAGGCCCUUCUUGCCUUGUCUCUCAGCUCAUUCACAGAUUUGUGGAAGUUACCUGUGGCUCUGAGGUAUGUAUAAUUUUUUGGUGUGCUCUAGGGCAACGAUGUCUAGAUGGAAUUUGUAUUUGUGGUCCUGGCGACUGGACCUUUUUUGGAACACCAUUAUUUUUGUCUUGCCUGUCUGUCUCUCUCUCUCUCUCUCUCUGAUCUCUGCUGUGUCUCUGGUGGUCACAGUUAACUGAUCCUUAAUGAUAGUGACUGACUGGGGAGGGAUAAAACCCCUCUCUCUAACCGAAGGGUGUUAUCUCACUCAAAUAGGAUCGGUGUGACACCGGUAAAAUGAUUGUGCUUCAGUCAGGUGUAUCGGUAAACUUUAAUGGGGUUUCACAACUGUGUCGCCUCAACACUUUACCAAAUGAAAUGGAGGUGUGUGUGUGUGUGUGUGUGUGUGUGUGUGUGUGUGUGUGUGUGUGUGUGUGUGUGUGUGUGUGUGUGUGUGUGUGUGAACCAGGGAGCAGCUGUUUCCACUGCUGCUUAUCUCACUAACUCUCUCUGGUUUCUACUAAUACUGUCUAGCUCUUUGGUUUCUACUAAUAGUGUAUAUCUCUCUGGUUACCACAAAUACUGUCUAGUGCUCUCUGGUUUCUACUAAUAGUGUCUAGCUCUGGUUUCUACUAACACUGUCUAGCUCUCUCUGGACUGUAUUAAUACUGUCUAGCUAUCUCUGGUCUCUAUUAAUACUGUCUAGCUAUCUCUGGUCUCUAUUAAUACUGUCUAGCUCUAUCUGGUCUCUACUAACACUGUAGCUCUCUCUGGUCUCUACUAAUACUGUCUAGCCUCUCUGGUCUCUACUAUACUGUCUAGCUCUCUCUGGUCUCUACUAAUACUGUCUCCCUCUCUGGUCUCUUAAUACUGUCUAGCUCUCUCUGGUCUCUGCUAAUACUGUCUAGCUCUCCCUGGUCUCUACAAACACUGUCUAGCUCUCUCUGGUUUCAACUAAUACUGUCUCCCUCUCUGGUCUCUACUAAUACUGUCUAGCUCUCUCUGGUCUACUAAUACUGUCUAGCUCUCUCUGGGCUCUACUAAUACUGUCUAGCUCUCUCUGGUCUCUACUAAUACUGCCUAGCUCUCGCUGGUCUCUACUAAUACUGUCUGGCUUACUGUCUAGCUCUCUGGUCUCCACUAAUCCUGCCUAGCUCUCUCUCUGGUCUCUACUAAUACUGUCUAGCUCUCUCUGAUCUCCACUAAUACUGUCUAGCUCUCUGGUCUCUACUACUACUGUCUAGCUCUCUGGUUUCUAUUAAUACUGUCUAGCUCUCUCUGGUCUACUAAUACUGUCUAGCUCUCUCUGGGCUCUACUAAUACUGUCUAGCUCUCUUUGGUCUCUACUAAUACUGUCUAGCGCUCUCUGGUCUCUACUAAUAAUGUCUAGCUCUCUCUGGGCUCUACUAAUACUGCCUAGCUCUCUCUGGUCUCUACUAAUACUGUCUAGCUCUCUGGUCUCUACUAAUACUGACUAGCCCUCUCUGGUCUCUACUAAUACUGUCUAGCUCUCUCUGGUCUACUAAUACUGUCUAGCUCUCUCUGGUCUCUACUAAUACUGUCUAGCUCUCUCUGGUCUCUAUUAAUGCUGUCUAGCUCUCUCUGGUCUACUAAUACUAUCUAGCUCGCUCUGGUCUCUAUUAAUGCUGUCUAGCUCUCUCUGGUCUACUAAUACUGUCUAGCUCUCUCUGGUCUCUAUUAAUACUGUCUAGCUCUCUCUGGUCUCUAUUAAUACUGUCUAGCUCUCUCUCUCUCUGUGUCUCUGGUCACUGAUAAGUGGAGUGGAUCAUCAAAGCCAGGAUAUGUUUGAAUUAACCCUCAUUCUGUCCUGAAUAAGAAAAGCCGACUCCCUCUCUUCUCCUCUGUAUAGUACAGUAUAUUAUGUUUCUUAUAUAACAGUGAUGAGGAGAGGAGGAGAGACUGCCAAACUGGUACUGCUCAUUCCCUCUCCUUCUUAGCUUAGCUGCUGUGGAAAAUUGGAGAGAGAGAGUGGGUAGGAGAGCGAGGAGGGGUAGGAGAGAGAGGAGGGGUAGGAGAGAGAAGUGGAAAGUAGAGUAAUGAAGGGAGAUUAAAGUGGGAAUGGAUAGAUGGAGGUUACAAGAGAAAAAACUGUGGGGAAAGUAGAGAGAGAGGUGGAGAGGUAGAGAGGUGGAGAGGUGAUUCAGUUGCACAUACAAUAGGUUUAGUGUGUAUGUUGGCAUGUCAGACAGCAAAGGUGUGAUGUGUCAUAAUGGAGCAGAACGCUAAGCUCUGCCGCUGAAAUGAAAAGUACACAGAGGCUGACAGAGCUGAAGCUUCCACACACACACAUACACUGCUCAGGGAAUGGAGAGCCCUUCUGAUUGGGGCCAAAGAGCAUGCUCUGUGAUACAACUUCUAUAGACUUAAGUCUGAGUCACUCUGCUCCCCUGAAUAUUCAAUGUACUAACAGUGUCUUUCUCCCGUAUUCAUCUGCAUUUUCUUUUUCUUUCUCCUUCUGUCUCUCCUCCCCCCUCUCUCUACCUCCCUCCUACCUCCCCUUUGCUUCCCUGGACCUAGAGAAAGGUAAAUGGUUUGUGUGCUACAUGUGUUGCCUUCUAUCUUCAAUGUAAUCAUUGUGUCAAGUCCUCCAUUUUACCUGCAGUCACACACCUCUUCAGCUGCCUGGGGAGUGACAGAUAGACAGGCAGACAGACAACCUGGGAGUUAGAUCUGCUCUUUAGACAGACAGACAGACAGACAGACAGACAGACAGACAGACAGACAGACAGACAGACAGACAGACAGACAGACAGACAGACAGACAGACACCCUGGGAGUUAGAUCUGCUCUUUAGACAGACAGACAGACAGACAGACAGACAGACAGACAGACAGACAGACAGACAGACAGACAGACAGACAGGGAGUAAGCUCCUCUCUUUAGACAGAAUACAGUACUCAGACUGACGCUCACUCAGUCACCACAUGCUGUUUUUAACUCAAUACUGUAUCUCUGUUUCUGUUCUCAAAAUACUUUAAACUCAUGUAGACUCGAGGCCACUGUAUUCUGCGACAGAAUUAUGAAAUGUCCUGCGGCUUGUGAGACAUAAUGCCUAAAUACACACACACACACCUCCCCCUUCCAUUCUCUCCGCUGGCCAGGAGCAGAGUAUUAUCGACCCAAAGUGUGUGAGCACACAAUUAAGCAGGAAGACAGGGCUGGUAAUGGACUCAUAAACAAGAGAAGCACCACUGUAAUAAACGCUGAGUAUGUGUGUAUGUCACAGCUGCACCUGUGGCUCUGCUCUGCUACCCUGCAUGGCCCCUCAGCAUGGCUCCACUCCCCAGUCCCCUCUUCUUUAACUGACAUUCUUCCUUUAUCACUCUGUUUUUCUGUCCAUGGUUUUCCAGAUUCCCUGUCUGCUCUAUACUCUGAUGAUUCUCUGUUGAUGGUGUAUGUAUACAGGUGUUGUAUUUCAUCCUCAUCCACCUUUAUCUGCCUCUCUCUCUGCCUCUCUCGCUGGAACUCUCUCUCUCUCUGCCUCUCUCUCUGCCCCUCUCUCUCUGCCCCUCUCUCUCUCUGCCUCUCUCUCUCUCUGCCUCUCUCUCUCUCUGCCUCUCUCUCUCUCUGCCUCUCUCUCUCUCUCUCUCUCUCUCUCUGCCCCUCUCUCUCUGCCCCUCUCUCUGCCUCUCUCUCUCUCUGCCUCUCUCUCUCUGCCUCUCUCUCUCUCUCUCUCUGCCUCUCUCCCUCUCUCUCUCUCUCUCUGCCUCUCUCUCUGGCAUGUGGCAACUGUCUGAUGUUCUCAGCAUGGCAUUUUGUUUGUUUGUUUGUUUGUUUGUGUGUGUGUGUGUGUGUGUGUGUGUGUGUGUGUGUGUGUGUGUGUGUGUGUGUGUGUGUGUGUGUGUGUGCGUGCGUGCGUGCGUGCGUGCGUGCGUGCGUGCGUGCGUGCGUGCGUGCGUGCGUGCGCGCGCACCCUAGAGAAGACAGUUAUCUUCCUGAGGCAGUGAAUGAUAACUGUGCACUAAGUAUAAGGAAGCACUCAUCAAUGGAAACACAAGUGAACAAAGUACCUUCUAUUUAUAGCUCAACCAUACAUUACAUGUCAGGGUAUAUAUAUAUUGGCCUUUUACUAAUUCAGAGAAGAGAUUUCCUACUAGUGGAAGCCUCUGUUUUCUACUCCAUGCCUUUCAAAAACAUGACUCAAUGGUCAAAUAUACUGAAUUAUCUGCUAUAUACAUACCUGUACGUUUUAUAUACUGUAGAUAUUCAUGUCAUAUGAUAUCUUCUGUGCGUCCUAUAGGGACUUUGCCUAUGUGGCGAGAGACAAAACCACACGGGUGUUGAAAUGUCAUGUGUUUCGAUGUGAUACCCCUGCAGAAGCCAUAGCAACGAGUCUCCACGAAAUCUGUUCCAAGAUUAUGGCUGAGAGGAAGAGUGCCAAAGCUGCUGCCGGCAGCUCAUCCCAAACAGGCUCCGAUGUUCCUCUCCAGGAGUUUCCCAUGCCAAAGACUGAGCUGGUGCAGAAGUUCCAUGUGCACUACCUGGGGAUGACGUCCGUGUCUCGUCCCAUAGGUAAGAGAAGUAUGGACAUCAUCAAUGGGGCUAUAGAGAGCCUGGUGUCCUCCACAGGGAAGGAGGACUGGACCCCUGUUACUCUGAGUGUAGCAGACGCCACUGUGGCUGUUAUCAAGGAGAAGGAAGAAGAGGAGGAGAUACUGGUGGAGUGCCGUGUGCGUUUCCUGUCCUUCAUGGGCGUGGGCCAGGACAUCCACACUUUCGCCUUCGUAAUGGACUCUGGGAACCAGCACUUCCAGUGCCACGUGUUCUGGUGUGACCCCAACGCUGGCAGUGUGUCUGAGGCUGUCCAGGCAGCCUGUGUGCUGCGGUACCAGAAGUGUCUGGUGGCCCGCCCGCCCCCCCAGAGAGCUAGCUCCUCCUCCCCGCCACCCGACUCGGUGACACGCCGGGUGACUACCAGCGUCAAGCGUGGAGUCCAGUCUCUCAUAGACACUCUGAAAACAAAGAAACCAUCCUCAGAACUGCCCCAGCAAUGACGGACAGCUCGCUGACCACACCCCCAACCCCAGCCUCUGGCUCUGUCACUCACACUAUCGCCACAACUACGACCUACAAACACGCCUAUCCAAUACCAGCCAUGGUAACCAACAAUGUACAUACAUGUUAACUUAUUACCACUGGGCAGACCAAAGGACGAAUGGGGCUGGAUAGUGACAUCUGCUCAAAAUAAUAAAAAGUGAAAUUAUCUGCAGAAGAAGAAGAGGAGGAGGAAGUCCAAGCUUCAGCAUGAUGAGGUGCUGGUGAUUUGUGUCUCCAUUGGAACUUUCCAUUUACCUUUGAACUCUGCCGUGUCAUAGCAAAACUGUCCCACUUUAGCCAGUCCACUCCUGUCUUCACCUGGCAUCACCCCAGUCUUGUGGAGUAUUAUAACUACUGAGCUCUAAUGGAGUAUUAGACUACUACUGAAUAACACUAGACUUACCUGAGAAAAAUAACCAAUCCCCAUUGAGUGCUGGCUUAGAUGCAUCAGGAGGUCCAUUGACCUCCUUUAUCUUCCCUGUUUUCUACUUGUUGGACACAGUGAGAGCAACCCUGUUCCCAUCACAGUGCCUAACAGUAGCAUUCCAGAAUGGGACACACACACGUCUCUUUAAGACGUCUGUCUCAUUGACGUGGAAACGGGACAUGCUUAUGGGGAAAGCCAACCAUCACGGACAAGGCCACUGACCAAUCAGCACCAUCCAGCUGCUCUACCCGACCUAGUAACCUUUGACCCCCAGACUGCAACAGAGACGUGUCAUGUGAUGGACUAUACAGGCAUGAUGUAAUAACAUAGACAAGAAGUAAACAGAACAUGGGAACCAAUGUAUUCCAUUCCCUGGCUCGGAGUUCCAUCUGGCUCACAAAACAGACUGAACCAAUGUCUCAUUUGAGGAGGGGUGCGCGAUUGUACUAUAAUUACCCCUCUGAUUGUAAAGUAAUGAUUGUAUCCCUGGUUGGAGAGGAGAUGUUAGAGAUGAGGAGGAAUGGGGUGGUAAUGGUGCUGCAUGUGUCUGUAAUCUGAAUGUGAGGAGAUGGAUAGAUCGUUAUGGGGGAGAGAGGUUACUGAGGAGGGUGUCAAUAUGGACAUAGAUGCUCUGCACAAAAGCCCAACCCCACCAGACUAUCUAUCUAUAUAUAUUUAUAUAUAUAUCUAUAUACACACACACAAACACACACACACACACACACACACACGACUGACUCCUAUUGGACCCAGGGACACCUCUCUCAACUCUGUGAAUGCAAUAUGCAAUCCAAUCCCCCAAAAAUAUAGAUGUGAAAAUACUGUCAUUAAUGUGCUCUGUUCUUCACUCAUCUCGACACCAUGUAAAUGUAAUCGGUUGUGAAAAUAAAUGCAUUACCAAAAAAGGGAAGGUCUUCAAAGUGCAGGUUUAUUUUCUCAUGUAAUAGCUCAAGUC